AUGUGGUUAUCCCGCAUUGACGAAUUAUUCGAUGACUAUCAAAUGUCGUCUGAGGAUCAGCUGCUCGUUGCGUCGUUUUAUUCAGCCGGAGAACCUCUUCAAUUUUACUAUGGUCUUAAACGGGCGUCACAGUUGGAUAAUUGGGAGAAAUUUAUUGGUCAGCUGGCGCUUCGGUUUGGGGAUUACAUCCGGCCGACUACGGUGGUGCAUAUUUGGGAGUCAACACCGGAGAAGUCUGCUGUCGAGAAGGAAACUACCCCGGCGGUGGAGGAGUCAGCCGAAACAUUCCAAGAAUCCGGUGGUGAUAUGGCAGUAAAAUCAGAAACGACGUCGGAUGAAAGUGUUUGGGAGGCUUACGAUCUUGAGUCGUUUAAAGACAUCAACCAAGAAGUUGAGAAAGAUUUGGCUCUUUUAGACAAUAACCUUGAGAAAUCUGAUGAUGAAUUGAGUGUUGUGGAUUCAUUUGAUGAAAAAUGUGAAGUUGCUGUGAUUGAUAACGUGCCUGCGAGUAUAAAUUCAGAAAAUGUUAGGGUUGUUACUUGUUGGAAUGACAGUGUGAGAAUAAACCGCUUGUUUGCUCAACGAAGUUGUUGGUGCUUCUUUAUGAUUGAUCCUGGUGGAUUAGGAUGCUCAUUUUGUGUUAAAUGCUCCACUGGUAUGGGUAUGUGCCUUGUAAGCGAAAAGCGAAUGUACUCUCUAAAAACCUGUGAAGUUUGGACUGAAGUAGUAACUUGUUUUAGAGGGGGAACAGAAAUUUAUUUGGUUCCAAGUGAUAGUAAUCGUCUACUUGUGAAGGGUGAAAUUCUGAGCUUAGUUGGAGUUAACUGUUCCUUGGGUCUGGAUAAAUGUCGGAAUGAUGUUGAUAAAUCUGAGUUGGAAAAGUGGUUGUUCCUAAUUGAUCACAGCAAACUCCAACAUGUUUUCAGUAUUAAUUGUGCAUUGGAGGGUAUGUGGGUACUUGGAAGUCAUUGGUGGACUGAGAGAUUGGGGAAGGUCAUGGGACAUUGUGAUAUCGGGUCUUACAGGUGGCACUCUAGACUAGAGAAGAAGAAUCCUCUUGGAGUUUAUGCACAUUAUGAACUGCUUCCUUGGGGUUACUCUUCAACAAAUGGUCUCAUUUCAGAAGUUCUUGGAUAUCAACUACCAAAUUUUCUCUUCCACUUGUUAGAUUUAAUGUUGUUCAUGUUACUUGUAUGGGCGUCAAUUAAGGACGGAGCUGGCAUGAGACUUGUUUUCUCCAAGACACAUUUUAACAGGGGUGACUCUGUACAUGUUCACAAAUUGUUGAUAUCAGCUCCAUUUUCAAGCGUUACACAUCAGUUCAGAAAUAUUGAAGGCGAGAGGGCUUGGGAUUGGAACUUUCCGUGGCAAAUUUCAAUGGAGGAUGGCAUAAAUUCCUUGAGGGCAACAUGCAGCACCAGUAGAAUAACUCUCCAAGCUGCCAGUGGUAUGAGCGAAUGUUUGCACUUAGUUUGGGAUAAAAUCAUCACAUCUUUAAAGGAGGCACAAUUUUCCACGAUGAGUUGUACAACCACCAUCGUGAAGAAAGAAAUCAAUCUGACCAGUACAAAUUCAAGCAACUACUUCUUUUGUCAAGCUUGUUUUAGGGAGGAUGAUUUGUCAUGA